AUGCUGUUUGGUGAUGAACCUCCUGCAAAAAUUGCAUUUGGUACAACAGCAGUUAAUAGACCAACAUUUCCAACUGAUAUAGCUCAUGAUUGCUUUGGAAAUGGUCAAACACCAUUACGAGGCGUUCCUAAUGUUGGACCAGGCUCAUAUAAUAAUGAGGAAAAGACAACAUUUCGAUAUGUACUUGAUCAGCAACCGAUGAGUCGUCGUGGAUAUACUUUCAAUGCACGUACAGAAAUGCGAAAAACCUUUGAAGUGAAGAAUAAUAAUCCAAGUCCGGAUACAUAUCAAAUGGAUCUAACACGUAUACCUGAGAAAAAAAGAGCAUUUAAACCUUUUAAUGAAAUAUCAGAAAGAUUUAAAGCACGUGCUCGAAGUGCUGAUGUACCAGGACCUGGAAGUUAUGAAUGUGAUGUUAAACAAAAUCGUCAAAUUCAUAUGCUUCAUAGUUUUGGUGGUCGAGCAAAACUUAUUCCAGCUAUUAAAACAAAAUGUAUGGCAUUAAAUACGGAUAAGUGCGCAGUUUGUCAGCAAGCAGCUAUUGGAGAUUAUUAUCAAUAUCGAAAUGAAGUUCUUUGCUCCAAAUGUUUUAAUUUCAAUUGGCAAUGGCAAGAAAAAUAUAAGAGAACAUAUCUUCAAGCUUUUCAAAAAGUUCGUGAUUGUUCUUCUAUUCAUGAUCAUGCAGGAACUUCAGCUAAAAUUCAAUUAUCAGAUGAUAAACUUACAACCAAACUUCAACGUAAAGAAGCUUAUCUUAGUCUUUACUGGGCAUAA